CGCCAUGUUGAGAAGGAAAUUAACAAAGCUGCAAGGAGGAAGGAGAACAUCGGUUCGGCGUGUUUUAACACCUUUACCACCACCCGGAACGUCAUGGCUGACCCGGAGAAGCAGCCCGAACAACCGAAGGCUGUAGUACAACAAAAGCACGUACUAGCAACCAAAGUUACCGGGACUGUGAAGUGGUUCAAUGUAAAGAGUGGCUAUGGAUUUAUCAACAGAAAUGACACCAAAGAUGACGUUUUUGUCCAUCAAUCUGCAAUCGCCAAGAACAAUCCACGCAAAGCUGUACGCAGUGUAGGGGAUGGCGAAGUAGUGGAGUUCGACGUGGUGGUGGGCGAGAAGGGCAACGAGGCUGCGAACGUGACGGGACCUGGCGGCGAACCGGUGAAGGGCUCUCCCUAUGCCGCCGACAGGAGGCGUGGCUUCCGCCAGUGGUACUACCCGCGCCGCGGCGGUCCACCCGGCGUUCGUGGAGGCGGACCCCCCGGCAUGAGGAGAGGCCCUCCCCCGCAGAGAGAUGAUGGAGAUGCCCCAUACGCUACGGGCCAGGACGGAGGUCCGAGGCGCUACAGACCGAGGCGACGUUUCCAGCCCAACUACUACAACAACAGACCGAGGCGACCACUGCCACGUGAUGGACAGGCUCAAGAUGGAGCUGGCGACGGCCGUGAGGGAGACUACGAGCCUGUGGACGCCGGCAUGGGGGGGCGCGGUGGUGGCCGGGGCCGUGGCGGUCCACCUCGCCGCUUCUUCCGCCGCAACUUCCGCGGAGGACGCGGAGGCGGCAUUCCGAGGCGUCCCAGGAGCCAGGACGGCCAGAACGUGAGUGAGAGCGAGGGCCAACCUGUGGGACGCGCCCCACGCAGGCGCUACCGACCGCGCAUGACCCGGCAGUCCCGCGGCGGCGGCUCAGGGGGUAGCGGCCAGCGCACAUCGCAGAGCGAAGGAGAAGGUGCGGCGCAGCCACAGGGCGGCCAGAAUGCGGCCUCUCCCAAGCCCAAGGCUGAGGCGGAAGGCUCUGGUGAGCAGACAGUCGAGCAACCUAGCAAGGCUGAGUCUGGUGGAGAUGCUGCACCCCCUGCACAGGAGGCCUCUCAGCCAGUGCAGAAUACCACUACAGAAAGCAGUGCUUAAGUCCAUCAGCCAUCGUAGAGAGAGAGGGUCAUCUAUUAAGAAAAGUAAUAAAAUUAACAUCCAGUUUUUGUGUUAGUGCUUGACAUCAAAACAACAAAAAGAAAAACCACAAAAAAAUGAAAUACAGACCUGAUUUUCAGUUUAGCGUUAUCACCUCCUAAAGAUUGAAGUGUAAGCUAACAUCGUCAACAAGAACUUUGUUUGGGUAGCGUUGAAGAAAACUAUCCAUCUUUUUUGUUUGUUAUUCUACUUGUAAUAGGUUUCACGUGUUGUAAUAGAGAGGCUCAAAAUUGAACCUGAAAUGAAAGGCAAUAUGAUAAAGUCUAGAAUAAUUUCUUAGUGUUUGGUUUUUCGUUUUGUGGAUUUAAAGUUUUCUUUCCUUUUCAUAGUUUUUAAAACUUUCUAUUUAUUACUGUUCAAAAAGUUGUUAGAUAUUUGUUUUGUUUGUUUGAUAUUUUCAGUGUGAGAUUUAUGAAGUUGUUAAUUUUGUAAUUUUUUACUGGUGUACUGUUGAUAGAUCAAAAUGUUUGUCACAUUUAAUAGAUUUGCUAUUAUAAUUUAGAAUUCCUGCAGCCACAUCUCACGAAAGCACAGAUACGGUGACCGUAAUGCCGGAAAAUUUUUAGUAACGUAUUUGUCAGAAUAGCGUGAAAUGUGACGUGGAAAAAUUAAUCAGGUUUGAUUUUGAGUCUUUGCAUUAUUUCCAAUAACAGUUUAUAACAUAAGCAGGAGGUGAAGACUGUAGCACAUAGCACACGUCCCACACUGGGAGGUAGGCGCCGUAUUCGUCACGGUGCGCACAGAGCACGUGGACGUACAGUUAGAAGCAUAACACUGUUCGGAAAAAUAUCUCAACGAAACUCCCCCAAUUCUCCGGGUCAGCAGUAGAAAAAUUUAGGAAGAUUGAGAAUUUUUCAUAUGCAGCUUACGGGAGUUUGAGGAGUAGUUGGAUGCAAAAAGUUUUGUGGGUGAAAAUCCUUGUAUUGUUACAUAAUGUGAUCCUGGUGCGCACAGUGAGUACGGGAGAACCUACCUCCCUUCUUUGAAAUGGGAGUCAUUUGAGGUUGGGGUUAAGAUUUUGUUUCGCUUUGUCGACAAAUUUCAACUGAGGUGGCAAGAGUUUUUAAGCGGUGUCACUCGCGUCUCUUUAUUUCUGUUAAACGGUGCUAUGUGCUGUCAACUUCCACAAGAUUUAAUGUGUUUUGUAGGGUCAGGCAAAGUUUUUUCUUUAAAGAAACACCUUUAAAAAUAACCAUCCUUUUGAUUCCAUGCUUGUCAACUGAUGCAUGUGUUUUAAUGAAAUUGUAAUUAAUUUAAAAAGAUUUUGGGCAAUAUAAAGAUUCACCAUUUCAUAACGGCCCAAAAUCUCAAAAUGACAAAUGAGCUAAAGUUUUCCAACAUGUGAAAUUCAUUGGCAUUAAAACUAUUAAAUAUGACUUCAAUUAAAGGAUCAUAGCCAAUGAAUAAAACUUGUUCAUCCCAUACGUGAGUGUGAUAACAGAAUGACUAAGAUUUGCAUUUGGACCACGUGUGGGAGAAAGUUGCGGCCGGUCACCACCUCUGGUCAGAAAGUUGUGGCCGCUUCUUUCAUGGUAUUUGUCACCUCUGAAGUAAGGUGAGGUAGUAACAGUGCAAAUCGUCAGUGAAGUAAGUCUAUUAAAUGAAGCUUUAAUGAAACAUUGAAAUAUUAAUAAAGCGAGCAACGUGUCAGUAUCGACAAAAUUUUUGUGAAAUGGAACAACUUGUCUCGGUCAACUGUGAACGACUUGGAAAUGAAAUUUCUGGCUGAAGCUGCCAAUUGUAAAUGUACAAACAAGUUACAAAGUAAUUUUUCAGAAAACAUGUGCAUUUUGAAUAAACAAGCCAAAAAAAGUGAAAACUGUCAAA